AUGCCCGCCGCCAAGCCCCUCGACGACGACGCCACGGCGCCUGCUCCGAGCCGCCCGCACUUGCGGGACGUGUCGCGCAAGUUCGGCAUCGCCAGGCCCGCGGCCGCCGUGGCGCCCAGGAAACGGCCCUUGGGCGCCGACCCCGCGCCGUUGCAACCAGCCGCCGCCGACGUGGGCCGCGCCGCCAAGCUCGUCAAGCUGGACCCGGCCUCGCAGGAGCCCCUGCGCAUGCCGCAGAAGCGCCAGGCCACCAUGUCCAGCACGGCCUUGGUGGAGAAGCUCCACAUCGCCAGCGACGACGAGCCGCACGCCAAGCACAAGAAGUGCAAGACCACCGACUACGAGUGGGAGGACCUCGACAAGGAGGACGACGACGACCCGCUCAUGGUGAGCGAGUACGUGGACGACAUCUUCCCCUACUUGCACGAGCUCGAGAAGAAGACGUUGCCCGACCCGGGCUACUUGUACAAGCAGACGCAGUUGAAGCCGAAGAUGCGCCUGAUCUUGGUCGACUGGCUCGUGGAGAUGCACCAGCGCUUCCGCCUCUUGCCCGAGACGCUUUUCCUCGCAAUCAACAUCAUGGACAGGUUCAUGUCCGUGGAGGUGGUGCAGAUCGACAAGCUCCAGCUCUUGGCCACGGGCUCCUUGUUCAUCGCCGCCAAGUACGAGGAGGUCUUCUCGCCCUCCGUCAAGAACUACGCCUACUACACCGACGGCUCGUACACCGAGGCCGCCAUCCUCGAGGCAGAAAACUACAUCUUGACCGUCUUGAGCUACGACCUCAACUACCCGAACCCCAUGAACUUCUUGCGCCGCAUCUCCAAAGCCGACGACUAUGACGUGGACCUGCGCACCUUGGGCAAGUACUUGCUCGAGAUCUCGCUCGUCGACCACAACUUCAUCGGCAUCCUCCCGUCUCUAUGCUCCGCGGCCGCCAUGUACAUCGCCCGCAUCAUCUUGAACAAGCACCACGCGUGGAACGGCAACCUCAUCCACUACUCGGGCGGCUACAAAGUCGACGAUUUGCGCGACUGCGUGGCCCUCAUUGUGCGCUACCUCGACGCGCCGAUCGAGCACGACGAGUUCCAGAAGAAAUACGCCUCGCGCAAGUUCUUGCGUGCUAGUGUCGUGUGCCGCACCUGGGCCCGCAAGAUCGUCAGCGAGGGCCGUGACUUGUUCGACCCGGCGCUCCACACAGAAAAGAGCUCUUAG